UCCCCAGCAGGAACCAACCCUUCCAUUCGCCCGCCAGCGCCAGGCAGCUGGCUUGGGCGCCCACUCGGACUUGACCUGCAGGUUUCCCUGGAUGAUGCAUAAACAUUCCUUCUGCCUGAAGAACAUCCUUGGAAACCUUGACCAUGGCAUCGAUAUCAGAACCUGUAACAUUCCGAGAAUUCUGCCCUUUGUACUAUCUCCUCAAUGCCAUCCCCACAAAGAUCCAGAGGGGCUUUCGCUCUCUUCUGGUCUACCUCACAGCCCUGGAUGCCAACGGGGACUACAUUGCAGUGGGCAGCAGCAUUGGCAUGCUCUACCUGUACUGCCGGCACCUCAACCAGAUGAAGAAGUACAACUUUGAAGGGAAGACAGAGUCCAUCACUGUGGUGAAGCUGCUGACCUGCUUUGAUGACCUUGUGGCAGCAGGCACGGCCUCUGGGAGGGUCGCAGUUUUCCAACUCGUGUCUUCAUUGCCUGGGAGGAACAAGCAGCUUCGGAGAUUUGAUGUCACUGGUGUUCACAAAACCAGCAUUACAGCUCUGGCUUGGAGCCCCAAUGGGAUGAAACUGUUCUCCGGAGAUGACAAGGGGAAGAUCGUCUACUCCUCUCUAGAUCUAGACCAGGGCAUCUGCAGUUCACACCUUGUGCUGGAAGAGCCGUCAUCCAUUGUGCAGCUGGAUUACAGCCAGAAGGUGCUGCUGGUGUCGACCUCGCAGAGAAGCCUGCUCUUUCACACAGAGGAGAAGGCCGUCAAGCAGAUUGGAUCCCAGCCAAGGAAAAGUACUGGGAAAUUUGGUGCUUGUUUUAUACCAGGACUAUGUAAGCAAAGUGAUCUAACCCUAUAUGCAGCCCGGCCUGGGCUCCGUCUGUGGAAGGCUGAUGUCCAUGGGACCGUUCAAGCCACCUUUAUCCUCAAGGACGUCUUUGCUGGAGGAGUCACACCUUUUGAGCUCUACCCUCGUCUGGAGCCCUCUGAUGGGGGAAGCUGCAGCGCUCCCGAGAAACACCUGGGGCUUGUGUCAUGCUUCUUCCGAGAAGGCUGGGUGUUGAGCUGGAAUGAGUACAGUAUCUAUCUUCUGGAUACCGUCAACCAGGCCACCAUUGCUGGUUUGGAAGGAUUGGGUGAUAUUGUGUCUGUUACCUGCACAGAAAAUGAAAUAUUUUUCCUGAAGGGAGAUAGGAACAUUAUAAGGAUUUCAAGCAGGCCUGAGGGACUCGCAUCCAUAGCGAGAGAUGGUCUGCAGGCAAGAUGUUCAGAGCAGGUCCAUGGGCAGCAUCUGGAAAAAUCACCAGGGGCCACUGUUUGUGAAACAAGGCUUCGAGGCUCUUCAGUGGCCAGUUCUGUGGCCAGUGAGCAACGGAGCAGGAGCAGUUCACUCAACUCCACGGACAGUGGCUCUGGACUGCUGCUGCCGGGACUUCAGGCUGCCCCUGAGCUGGACCAGGGCGGCCAGCCAUCCUCACAGAGAUUCAGCGUUAUCAGCUCUGAAGACUUUGACCAGGAGCUUAUUGUGAAACCCAUCAAAGUGAAGAAAAGGAGGAGGAAGAAAAGGACAGGCGGCGGAACCAGGAGUGCCUGCCACAGCUCCCUCUCGUCAACCCCCUGCUCUGAGUUCCCCGGUGACAGCCCCCAGUCUGUGAGCACAGAGCUCUUGUCCAUGACCUCAAGUGUUCUGGCCAGUAGUGUGGAUCGGUUGAGCACAGGCUCCCCAGACCAGGAGAGCACCCCCAGUGCUGAGGUGAAUGGGAUCGUGCAGGAAGACAACGGCCCUGAAACUUCCCGUGUCCUCGAGGUGCCCGAGUCUGCCCCUGACCCAGUGAUUGAAGAAACCGGUACUGGAAAGGGAGCUUCCCAGUGUGACCACACACAGGACAUGGGCCUGCUCAGUGGAGUGUUAGGUUUACCCUUUCUGCCCGGGGAGGAUGGAGGUGAUGACAUCAUCCCAGGACUUGAAGGGGAGCCCGAGCCUGCCGCUGGGGCAGCAGCACAGACACAGCUGUGUCUGCAGAGACAGCACGCCUCUGCUGAGGGGCAGGAGGUGCACGCCAGUGAGUUCAGUGACCUCCAGAGCACUUGUUCUGAAGCCCCUCCUCCGGAUUCAUUUAUGGUACCUUCCAGCCUCGGCUGGCCCCCAGGUGCUGCGCAGUGGCUGCCCGGGAUUGGAGCUUAUGAGGUGAGCUCUGAGGAGGCCAGCCCAGAACUGGACAUCUUGACCCAUGUGAGGGUCCCUAGCCACCUGAGCUCUAACCCUUGGCAUGUGGUCACCAAUAACGACACAGGUCAGAAAGAACUGCCCACUUCUGAAUGUAGCACAGGAAAUGUGGAAGGCCAGGUAACUCCUCUUGUCUCUACGUUGGUGGCCAGCACCCACGAGCAUUGGCUGGACCAGCCUUUCCAGGAUCAGGCAGUGACGUCCAGUGAUGAGGAAGACAUUUAUGCCCAUGGGCUUCCAUCUUCAUCCUCGGAGACGAGUGUGGCAGAGCUUGGAGCUGGUCAAUCUCUGCAGGACCUGAGCCAGCCAGGGACUGAUGACACCAUGCUGCUCAAGACAGAUCAGUUUGCAGAGAGCUGGAUGGGCUACUCAGGUCCUGGCUACGGAAUUCUCAGCUUGGCCGUCUCGGAAAAGUUUAUCUGGUGCCUGGACUACAAAGGUGGCCUGUUCUGCAGCGCCCUGCCCGGCGCAGGGCUGCGCUGGCAGAGGUUUGAAGAUGCUGUCCAGCAGGUGGCAGUCUCUCCCUCAGGGGCUCUUCUCUGGAAGAUUGAACAGAAAUCUAACCGUGCUUUUGCUUGUGGCAAAGUUACCAUCAAGGGAAAGCGGCACUGGUAUGAGGCUCUGCCCCAGGCUGUGUUUGUGGCCCUGAGUGAUGACACAGCCUGGGUCAUCAGGACCAAUGGAGAUCUGUACCUUCAGACAGGUCUCAGUGUGGAUCGGCCCUGUGCCCGAGCUGUGAAGGUUGACUGUCCCUACCCGCUGUCCCAGAUCACUGCCCGGAACAGUGUGGUGUGGGCACUGACGGAGCAGAGGGCCCUCGUGUAUCGGGAGGGUGUGAGCAGCUUCUGUCCUGAAGGGGAACAGUGGAAGUGUGACAUUGUCAGUGAAAGGCAAACUCUGGAGCCUGUCUGCAUAACUCUAGGAGAUCAGCACACACUUUGGGCCCUGGACAUUCAUGGGAAGCUGUGGUUCAGAACUGGCGUUGUCCCCAAGAAGCCCCAAGGAGAUGAUGACCAUUGGUGGCAGGUGAGCAUCACAGACUAUGUGGUGUUCGACCAGUGCAGCUUGUUCCAGACCAUCGUGCAUGCCACACACUCGGUCGCGACAGCAGCUCAAGCCCCUGUGGGAAAGGUAGCAGAUAAACUGCGCAUGGCCUUUUGGUCUCAGCAGCUCCAAUGCCAGCCCAGCCUACUCGGGGUUAACAACAGUGGCGUCUGGGUCUCCUCCGGCAAGAGUGAGUUCCAUGUUGCUAAAGGGAGUCUCAUAGGAACUUACUGGAAUAAUGUUGUUCCCCGGGGAACGGCUUCAGCCACAAAAUGGGUCUUUGUGUUGGCUUCUCCUGCUCCUACCCAGGAUGGAAGCUCCUUGUGGCUGUGCCAAAGCAGCAAGGACCUGUGUACCAUCGGUGCCCAGAGUGUGCAGUGCCGCCCCUCCACGGUACAGCUGCCCCCCGACGUGGAGAUGAGGACCUACGCUGCCUGCCAGGAUGCACUGUGGGCCUUGGACAACCUUGGGCAGGUGUUCAUCAGGACUCUUUCUAGGAGCUGUCCCACAGGCAUGCACUGGACGAGACUGGACCUUUCCCAGCUAGGAACUGUAAGACUGACCAGCUUGGCGUGUGGAAAUCAGCAUGUCUGGGCCUGUGACUCCAGGGGUGGGAUUUACUUCCGUGUUGGAACCCAACCUCUGAAUCCCAGCCUGAUGCUUCCAGCCUGGAUCAUGAUUGAGCCCCCUGUCCAGCCUGCUGGGGUCACCUUGGUCAGCGUCCACUCUAGCCCCAAUGACCAGAUGCUGUGGGCCCUGGACAGCCGAUGGAAUGUGCAUGUCCGAACUGGGAUCACUGAGGAGAUGCCUGUGGGGACAGACUGGGAGCAUGUGCCAGGGUUACAGGCCUGCCAGCUGGCACUGAGUACCAGGACCGUGUGGGCCCGAUGUCCAAAUGGUGACCUCGCCCGCCGUUACGGCAUCACAGACAAAAACCCUGCUGGAGACUACUGGAAGAAAAUUCCCGGAAGUGUGUCGUGUUUCACAGUGACUUCAUCAGACGAACUAUGGGCAGUGGCACCCCCUGGCUACCUUCUCCAGCGACUGACAAAGACGUUCAGUCAUUCACACAAUCCCCAGAAGAACAGCCAGGCAGCCACCUCCCACCCGGAGGACCUGGAGGACGAGUGGGAAGUCAUCUGAAGGAGCCCCAGGCCGUCAGUCAGGGAGGAAACUGAGGCUGUGUGAUGGAUGCUGCCGUUUCCCAGAGACUCACUUAUGGACAUGCCUCAUCCACCAGGCUGAACAACCACACUUGCUUUCAUGUGUAUUUGUUUCUGUCUCAUUCCAGAACCCACAGCCUCAGCCAUGUACCCAGAGCUAUUGCUGUAACAGUCACGUGGACCUUUGACAUCUUGCCAAGGUCACCUCCAGGUAGGAGCAGUGGCUGCUGCUGCUCAGUUGCAUGCACUAAGUUACCCAUGCACCACAGUAAAUUCUCUUCAGCAACUACAGAUCGUGGUGUGGGGGCCAACAGGGACACCGCCAUAGGCAGAUGAGUCAAAGCCAGAAGAGUCAUCCAUCCCAGAACCCCAGGCCAAACAGGUCAGAGCUCGAAGCCAUUGGAUGUGUUUGGUGACGGUGUUGACUAGCUCACAGGGUCCCUUACAUCUCUCUGAGAGAUACAGGCCACAGUUAGUUACGUCCCAUGCAGACAUUGCAGGUGGGGAAGUACCCACCCAGGACGGGGAUGCUGGACUGUGCAAGCCACACACAUCCUUGCCUCAUCAUCGGGGUAGCUGCCCACCUGCCCAUGUCAGUCAACGCAACAGCCAGUCGGCCAGACCUAACACAGAGGUGUCCUCGUGGUCCCUUUAAUCCAGCACAGGGUGCUGAUCACACAGACACAGGCUGCACUAAUGUAGAGACAUCUUUAGAAAAACAUUUGACCAGUGUGCUGGUGGGCAUCCUAAAGCCAGGCACAUUCUCAGAUGAUGAUCUAGUAGUUGCCUUUUUAUUUGUUGAGUUACAAACCUGAAUAAGAUACCUCAUUUUAAAUGAAACCUCACAAAUUUAGGAGAUAAAUGUAUCUUCUGAAAACAGUGAAGGUCUUUUGUUCCUUCGGGAUGGUUGGUUAUCCUAAGCCUAAGCCUACCUUGUCUUGGCUAUAGUUUUGCAGGGGUGGCCACCCCGUCAUGCCCUCCACCUAAGAGCAGCCAGUGUCUUCAGUGGGCAUAGCAUGGGGCUGCCCAGCAGGUGGAAACUGCCUCCUACUCACAGCGGUUGGGACAGCAGCAUCUGAGCUUCAGGGCCGGCCGGUCGGUCACUGUGUGUCCUUCCAGGAGCCCGCUGUCCCACCGGAGGUCCCCAUCACUGCUCCACUCUGGCUGCUUUUUUUUAGUCCGCCUGGUCCAGGCAGUUACUUGAUGUCUGUUCUCUACUGAGCAUGUCAGGACCCCCAGUCCCGGGUGAAGGCCCAGCCAUCAUGAAGCGGAGGCUUCUGGGUCUCAGCAGUGAUGAGCUACUGAGGGCCUUGACUGCUCUUCAUUUUAUAGACUCCUUUUGGAAGAGCUCAGUGACAGCAGAGCUGUCUUCUGUGAAUGGUGUGCCUUGCCUGGCUCCUCACAGUGGCAUCACCCCCAAGCCCAGAGGAUAGCAGUGCAAUUAAGCCCCUUAAGUGGACACUUUUAAACUACUUUGAGCUUCAGUGCUCUAUACGAUUCUCUUUGGUUUUGAAUUUAGCUGUGCUUUGAGAUCAUGAACAGUGGACUUUUUGCCGAUGUUGACGGUGAUUACUGAGGGAGCGGCCUGCAGCAGACCGUGUCCUGCUGACCCACAGGAAGGAAGCUGCAGCCCCCCCACACACACACUGCAGCGGAGCACCUGUCAGGUCUCGGCACCCAGGGAGUGUUGGGCCACCUUCCCCGGUGGUAUAGUGGGCAGAGGCUGUUCCCCAGAUGGACACACCCUCUGGCAGCCCUGGAGAGAAUGCCCCAGGGAAGGCAGAAAGGAGGGUUGUCCCAAGACAUUAGUCUUUUCUCUUGUUUUGAGACAGUCUUCUGUAGCCCAAGCUGGCCUCCAGUUCACCAUAUAGCUAGCCAAGGAUGGCUUUUUCUGAUCCUUCCGCCUCCGCCUUUCAAGUUCUAGGAUUACAGGUGUGCACCACCUCGUCCUGCUAAGAUGUCACUCUAUAGCUCACUUUCAGAAUCCCCACCGGGGUGUUCUCCUAGACAGGAAUUCUAAAAUCAUGACAGUACCACACACACCCGCGGGUUACUGCUCAGGUCCCCUCGCUCUCUAGAGCCCCAGAGGUUGCUUACUUUAUUCACACACAGUAAACAUGGGCCAGGGCUUAGCUUGGCCAAUCUGCUGUCCUGUGCUGAUGCCACAAACUCCUGGAGUCACCCUAGCCAGGACCAGCAUGUCAGGUACAGCCCAGACCAUGGCCGGGGCUCACCAGGAGCAUGGCAGCAUCCCAUAGGCAUUGCCGGUGGGAGGGGCAACCGCCCAGCUGCUGUGCCUACUGUUUCCGUCUGGAGGGCAAAUGAUGGGGCAGCCACAGGAAGCCCUCCUGGAGAUGUUUACGUAUCCAAAAUGUAGAGCCUGUAGGUCAGGAACCCAUGUGGGGCUGGGGAAUGUGGCUUAGUGACGGGCCUACCAUGCACACCGAAACAUGACCAAAACCCUAGACCAAAACCCAGAGCAUGUCUGCCAUCCCAGCACUCAGGAAGCAGAGUCAGGAUCGCCACACAUUCCAGAUCAGCCUGGACCACACAGUACAGGCCUGACUCAAAAACACUAGAGUUAAAAGUAAACCCAGUGAGAAAGGAACAAUUGCCACAGUGUGGACAUUCACCGUAGGAGCUUCCCCAGCCCAGUAGGAAAAACAGGACACAGACGGACAGAAGCAGCUCACCGAAGCAGUGCAGCAGGAGACCCAAAGCCCUCACACUCCCGCCAACUCUGGGAUCCUUCGAGAACAAAGUGAGAGCUGAGAUGUAACAGCACAGUGAUCCAGCUCUGGCCUAGCACCGAGCUGUCCCUAGUUCUCAGAACGCAGGGGAAGUGCCACUGUCUAUGAACUUGAACACACGCCUGUAAUGGCCCAGGAUGUGUGCCAGCGGGGCCCCACAGGGGAUCUUAGCGUGAAACUCUUCCGGUCUAUCACUACAGCACGGCUUACAGAUGGAGAAGGACCCUUCAGGAGGGGCAGGGAGAGACAAGCUCUCACUUGGGACAAGUUGCUGGCCAGUGAUUGUUUCCAAGUUGUCUUUUUUACCCUUUGAAUGUUGAGCCAUGUAAAUGUAUUAUUUAUUUCAAAACUAAAUAAAAUUUACAUUUCAGAAA